AUGUGGACAGACGUGAUCUAGUGGUAAAGGCACGACGCUGCGCUACGGUGUGGAGAUUAAGCCAAACUGCACCAGCAGCAGCAUCUGGGAGUGGUGGGUCUUGACAACUAGCAGCGCAGAGCUGUCCAGAUGCACCGUGAUGUAAAUGUAUAACAGAAAUGCGUCGCAAUGUGAUGGUUAGAUUCUUCAGUGGAGCAUCGCUUCUCGUUACCCGCGCCCAUGGUGUUUACUGCUACACAAUGCAGACGGUGAUGCGGCGAGCGGUGGGUGUGCGCUUCUGAAGACCGCCACGGUUGGGGAGAAGAGAAGCUUCAUACAAGCAGCAAGUCUCUCGGCCACUGAAGCGAAACCACGCGCUGCGGAUAAUGUCUUUUUACUCCCUGCCAUUUUCCAUCCUUUCCCGGUUAAAAGCGACGGAAUCAACAGAAAGACCCUGGAAGUUGGAUAUAUAUUUCUUCUAAUAGUGGCAGCGCCAGAAGAGCCAAGAUGAAAUUUCCCACUGAGAAUCCAAGAAAACCAGGGAACAUGAACCCUCCACCAGUGGAAGUCCAGACCAACCUGGUUUCACCAAAGAAGGUGCAGCCAGGCAUGCUUCAGUCCAGCCUAGUACAUGCCAGUGUGGCCACUAUGCAGAACCCAAUGGGCUGCGUUCUGCCAAGGCUCUCCGCCUCCUCCCGUCCCCCGAGCAUGGUGGCCAGCAUGGAGGCGGUGGCCGAUGGCUCAGCUCCCUUCACCAUGAUGAAGCUGAAAACUGUGCUAGCUGUGUUUGUAGUGGUGGUGACCUACCUGGUGGCAGGGGGUUUGGUGUUCCAAGCGCUUGAGCAACCCUUUGAAAAUAACCAGAAGAUCACAAUCACAGCAGAGAAGGCAGCUUUCCUGCUAAAACACCCCUGUGUGUCCUCAGAAGACUUGGAGGCUAUCAUCAAGCACUCUGUGGAGGCUGUGAAUGCUGGAGUGAAUCCUGUUGGUGAUACCUCCUACAACUCAAGCCACUGGGAUCUGGGUAGUGCCUUCUUUUUUGCUGGAACUGUCAUCACCACUAUAGGUACUAAAAAAUUGGAAAGAAAUAAACAAAACCAAAUCAGUCAGACUAAAAUCCGUGUGGCAUCCACGCUGCUCUUUAUCCUGGCUGGCUGCAUCUUGUUUGUCACCAUCCCAGCUGUGAUUUUCAAGCACAUUGAGGGCUGGACAGCUCUGGAGUCAACCUAUUUUGUCGUCAUUACUCUGACAACAGUUGGAAUAGGUGACUAUGUGGCAGGUGGAGACCGGAGAAUUGAGUACCGGGAGUGGUACAGACCGCUAGUGUGGUUCUGGAUCUUGGGUGGCCUGGCUUAUUUUGCUGCAGUGUUGAACAUGAUCAGUGACUGGCUGAGGGUGCUGUCCAAAAAGACAAAAGAAGAGGUUGGAGAGAUCAAAGCUCAUGCAGCUGAGUGGAAAGCAAAUGUUCGAGCUGAGUUCAGAGAGACACGCCGGCGCAUGAGCAUAGAAGUCCACGACAAGUUACAGCGAGCUGCAACCAUCCGAAGCAUGGAGAGACGGCAGCUAGGCCUGGACCAGCGUGCUGUGUCCCUGGACAUGCUUUCCCCAGAACGGCGUGCCAUCUUCAACAGUCUGGAUGCCACCAACUAUAAGACUUCUUCCCAGGAAAGUAUCGACACUAAGCUAAACAACCUUCGACUGCGAGAGGCCGAGCAGUGUGACCGACGCUCCAGCUCCCAAACCAUGUCUGAGGACAACAUUUUUAAUCGCCUUGGCUCCGUCACCAAGCUAGCCAAGCGUAACAGGAAUAGAGACCUAAAGAAAAACAUCCCAGAUGAAACUCGCCGGCCUCAUAGUGAAGCGUACGGUUAUAGCACACCUGUUUUUGACUGCAGCAUACCUACGACAGAUGAAGGAAGAAGAAAAGACGAAGGAGAGGAUGAAAACGAAGACAAGGAAUGCAACACCAGUUUGUCGGAUUUUCCACUGUUUGUGGAAGCUUGCAAGCCGCAAAAUGGGCUUAUACAGGAGAUAACCAAAGAGAACGAGGAUGACAAAACCCAUGAUACAGAUCUCCAUAUUAAGAUAGACUCUGCAUGAUCCUACAGAUGGGUUUUUAAAUACCACCAUUAGUGCCUCUCCCUUAUUCCUGUGUGUGCUUGAGCAAGGACAGAACCUUUCAUUUUUGAUAUAUACAGUAAUGGUCACAUAUUCAAUGGGCUCUAUGGAUCUGAGGCAUAGAUGUUACUUUCUAUAAAUCAAGACCUGGAAGGGUUUCUGUCAUUGUUCUUUGACAAAUGAUUGUUAAGUUAUAGUAAAAGUUGUCAGCUAUGUCCAUUGUUUUUCUCAAUUGUACUGUACUCAGCUAUAAUCUAUAAAGAUACACACGUAUCCCAUGGAGAGAUUUCAAUUGUCCAAGUGGGAAAGGGAGUGUUCACUAAGUAUUUUCUGUUUUGUCUUAGUAUACAGUACAUGUCAUAUACAACUACAAGUUGUUAGUCAGCACUGUUUCUUUUGUACACUGCACUUUCACUUGAAUUUGAAAUGAAAUAUAAACAAACAUAUAAAGUUUUGGCAUGGGCGGAGCUACGAGAAACUGUUCUGACCAUCUACAUGGGGCCCAGCUUUUAGAAAUGAUCCAGAAACAUUUAGACAUGGCAGCAAUUACCAAUGUGUCCAACCAUGCAGAUGAUGUGGUUUGUAAAGAACCAGCGAAAUUGUAAAAAAUAAGCUGAUGCAGAUCUCUCUCCAGAUUCAAAAGUGUUAGCAUUAAAAAAAUUAGACUUAAAAACAGAACUGGCACUGUUAGAUGUGUGAUGAAAGUAUCAGGUUUGGAUGUCAGUGACAGAAUUGGAGGUGUCUUAAAUGAGGUCUUAUGUGUACACACAGACGUACAACUUGGUGUUGUGACUUCAUCUGUGUCUCAAGCAUAAUAAAUAUGAAAACGGGGAAAAAAAAAUGCUGUGUGGAACAUUAAAACAUAAAGGCCUGACUUUCUUAUGAUUUGUUAGUUGUCAUGUUGCCUACUAAAAAUUGAUUCUUAAAAUGUGCAUUUAUAUGUGACUAAAAACAUGCCACAUGUUGUCUGUGCAUGAUCCCCAACCUUAUCCAUUGUCUCUGUACAAUGUCUGACCUCUUUUAACACCAUCUCAGGGCCUGAUAUUGUCUCCUAAGUAUUGAAUGAGGGGUCAGUAACUAUACCUGUUGUCAAUGAAAAAUAAUGAAAAUAGAAUGGAAGGAGAGCCAUAAUGAAAGAAUGUCUAUUGCAUAUUCUCCAUGAAACAUGGUUUGAGACGAUGGGUUUGAGAGUAUAAAAGGGACUGCUGUUACUGUCAGUGUGCAUUGUGCCCUUGUUAUUGUACCUUAAACGAACAUAUUUAGGAGGUGUAGAUUGUCUGUGGCAGUGACAUUACAGAUCUUGAUUUGACUUGGGUUUACCCCCUCGCCUGCAAUCUGGAAAAUUCAAAUAGAUGGACGUCAGUGGAACACGGAACCACCAGGACUGACACACCUGAUAGGCUGUGACACCUGUCAAACGAGUAAACGUGGUCCAAAACAUACAAUUCUAGCCUUAAUACCUUUUUGAUGGAUUUUAACAGGAGGAAGGAUUUUAGCUCUGGAGAAUCAAUCUUGAUGUGAAAAACAUGGGAUUGGACAGUUUGGGACAUUAUCAAUGAAAUUCUAUGCAGUUGGAGAUUUUUGUGCAGUCAGCCUCUGAUGGCCAUUGCCAGUACUCCACCUUAAUGAACUGGUGCAUCGGCUGCAGCUUCAGCCAUCGUAUUGGCUGUUUGAGCAGAUAAUAUUCCCCCAAAAUAAAAUAGUCUCGUACUUACUGUGUACCUUUUAAGGGGAAAAAAGAAAACGUGCUUAAAUCAUACUGUGAUAUUAUGAUGCUCAUACUGUUUUAAACACCGCUCCUAGCCUCAUGUUAAUGUAGUCACUAUCUGUGUAUGCACUCUGUCUUAUCUUACUGUUCACAUUAUUAAGUGAAGCUCUAGGCUAGUGUCAAUGCAAGAAGAACGUGUUUUAAAAUGCUUCCAAGUGAUACAAAAAUGCAAAGCUUACAAAGAAAACUAACACAUGGAACAAGAAGGCAUGCUGUAUUACACAUUAUUAUAAUGUAUAUGAUGUUGACUGUAUACGACCACUUGCUUCAAAGGAUGGCGUUUUUAAUUGCUUGUGUUAAUAAGAUGCACAAGCUAUGUACUUAGACACUGCUCACAGUAUCUCCUGUGCAACCAUUACAUUAAAGGUAGUGAUUGCCUUUUGGAAUUAAAGAUCA